UAUAUGAUUGGUGGGAAGGUUUAGUGAGUGCGAUGCAAUAUCAUCCACCUAUCUUUAUAUUCAAGCUUAUGUUCUUUAUCUCUUUUCUAUAUUACAUUUGUCAUUAUCUUAAACCAGUUUCUCCUUUUUCAUUCUUAUUAUCUGAGCAAGCACACCUUAGAUCUAAGCUCUGUCCCUAAGCCAUGGAGCAGAAGGUUGCUAUAAUGAGACUCAAGGUUGACCUUCAAUGUAGAAAAUGCUGUAAGAAAGUCAAGAAGAUCCUUUGCAAAUACCCUCAAAUUCGAGAUCAAAUAUAUGAUGAGAAGAAUGGUAUAGUGACCAUAAGAGUGGUGUGCUGCAGCCCAGAGAAGGUAAGAGACAAUAUUUGUUGUCAAGGGGGUGGUACCAUCAAAAGCAUAGAAAUAGUUGAACCACCAAAACCCAAGCCAGCACCUGAGAAGCCCAAAGAGCCAGAAAAAAAGCCCGUGCCCGAGGCAAAGCCGAUUGCACAACCUGGCCCGCCUAAACAAAAUCCAAGUCCAGCUCCAGCUCCGGCACCAGCUCCGGCUCAGGCACCGGCUCCACUUCCUUCCGCGGCUGCACCAGCUGUAAUGUUUCCUCAGACAGCGCCAAUGUCCAUUCUUGCAUAUCCUUCGCCAGUUGUUCCUUACGGGCAUGUUUAUGGUCCUGGACAAGGUGGCCCCCCACAGUUUUAUGGGAGGCCCGUGUAUGAUAGUUAUGGAUGGAGUGGGCCUUGCUAUGUAGGUCAUCACCACGAUUGCUUGCGCGAAGAAGAGGCGUCGACAUGUACAAUAAGUUGAAGGGUACUCGUGGAGGAGAAUGGUUAUGUAGGUGAAGAGAUUUUAUAUAAUAAUAACUUUCUUUGAUAAAUAAAAAGUGUAAUAUAUGAGGUGCGUUUCAAAAUUCACCAAAACUAAGGAAGCAUCAAAGUUUAGAGAGCGUUUAUCGAUUAUUUGUCAACAUGGUCUUGUCAAAAUUCACCAUAUCCCAUGUUUAUAGUACAAUUUUAUAUCUUGAACUAAAUGUUGUGUAAAUGAGAUCAAUAUCUUGAACUAAAUGUUGUGUAAAUGAGAUAAA